AUGGUGACCGGCGCCGCCAAACUACUAGUCUCUGCCGGCGCUGACCACCCUGCUCUCUGUCUCAGUUCCGCUAAAAGCAACGCAUUCCGCUCUUCAUCUUCUCCAUCAUCGUCAGCUUCUCUGCAGCCGAGCAGAGUUCAAUUCGCCGUCGUUAAUGUCAGCAGCAACUCCCCAAACCCUCGCUCGCUCAGGCUUUGCUCCGCCGCCGUGUCUUCCUCCGUGAGCGAAGUGAAGUCUUCCUCAGUUCCUUUUCUUGACCAUAAGGAGACCAACAUCCUUCACUUCGUCAAGUACCACGGCCUCGGAAAUGACUUCAUUUUGGUUGAUAAUCGAGAUUCUACUGUGCCCAAAAUCACUUCAGAGCAAGCGGUUAAAUUGUGCGACCGUAACUUUGGGAUUGGUGCAGAUGGAGUCAUAUUUGCGUUGCCAGGAAUCAAUGGGACUGAUUAUACCAUGAGGAUUUUCAAUUCGGAUGGUAGUGAGCCGGAGAUGUGUGGCAAUGGGAUCAGAUGCUUAGCAAAAUUUAUUUCUGAGCUUGAAAAUUCUCAAGGCAAGCAAAGUUACACUAUACAUACUGAUGCUGGCCUAAUUGUUCCUGAAAUUCAAGAAGAUGGUCAGGUUAGAGUUGACAUGGGCGAGCCAAUUUUGAAGGCAUCAGAUGUCCCGACAAGGUUGCUGCCAAAUAAGGAUCAAUCAGUUGUGAAAUGUAAAUUGGAUGUGGAUGGAGUAUCUUGGAGUGCAACGUGUGUUAGCAUGGGAAAUCCUCACUGUGUUAUUUUCGGUACGAAUUCAAGCGAGAAUUUGGAAGUUGAUGAAUUGAACCUGGCAGAAAUAGGUCCAAAGUUUGAACAUCAUGUUAUGUUCCCGGCCAGAACCAACACAGAGUUUGUGCAAGUGUUUUCUCCUAUGCACCUUAAAAUGCGUGUUUGGGAACGUGGCGCUGGGGCUACUCUAGCUUGUGGAACCGGUGCUUGUGCAGUAGUUGUCGCGGCAGUGCUUGAAGGUCGUGCAGGGAGGGCGUGUAGGGUGGAUUUACCUGGAGGACCAUUGCAAAUUGAGUGGAGAGAAGAAAAUAACCAUGUCUACAUGACUGGCCCCGCAGAGGUGGUGUUCACCGGCUCAGUUCCCCUGUAA